GCCCAUGCCCAUCAAUAAUUUAAACACUGCAUCGAUUAUCGAGAGUAGUGGUGUGGCUAGGGCUAGCAGAAAGAUAUGGCCAUCGAAACUCCGCUGUUAGUGGACAACCCUGUGGAAGACUCUGUUGACUACAAAGGCCGUCCGGUUUACAGAUUCAAUUCUGGAGGAUGGAAAUCCACACUUUUUAUUAUAGUUGUGGAAGUUGCAGAGAGGUCUGCAUAUCUUGGGAUAGCAGGGAACUUGAUAACGUAUUUGACAGGGCCCUUAGGACAGUCAACGGUUACUGCUGCAGAGAACAUGAAUGUUUGGUCUGGAACAUCAUGGUUGCUGCCUUUGUUAGGUGCAUUUGUUGCUGAUUCUUUCAUUGGUAGAUACAGAACCAUUGUUGUCUCUACGCUUAUCUACAUCUUGGGACUUGGCUUGCUGGCUCUAUCAGCUGUUCUUCCUCCUCUCAGCUCUUCUGGCUGCCAAAGUUCCGAUAGUGCCGGGUCGUGCUCUCCUGAUCCUGUUCUGAUUUUGUUCUUCUUUGCUUUCUAUCUAGUAGCACUUGGACAAGGUGGAUUCAGGCCUUGUGUUCAGGCUUUUGGAGCUGAUCAGUUUGAUGGACAAGACCCUGAGGAGCGCAAAGCCAAAAGCUCGUUCUUCAACUGGUGGAAUUUUUUUAUGAAUGCUGGCGUCAUAGUAAUCCUACUGGCCUUAAACUACAUCCAAGACAACAUUAAUUGGGUUCUGGGAUUUGGGAUCCCAUGUCUUCUUUUGGCCGGAGCACUUGCAAUAUUCUUACUUGGAACUAGGACAUAUCGGUAUAGUAUCAGAAGGGAAGAGAAACAUGCGUUUUUGAGAGUCGGUCGGGUCUUUCUUGCGACUUAUAGGAAUUGGCGAAUCACUACUGCAGUACCCUUUGAAGAAGAAACUCACAGAGCCCAACCUCACCCAAGUUCUGGGCAAUUCAAGUUUCUGAACAAAGCCCUGCUUGACCCUAAUGACUCGAAGGGAGACAGUAUGGUUUGUAGCCUCAGAGAAGUAGAAGAAGCCAAGGCAGUACUUAGGCUUGUUCCGAUAUGGACAACGUGCUUGAUAUAUGCUAUUGUGGUCGCACAGCCCACAACUUUGUUUACUAGGCAAGCCAUAACCAUGAAUAGAUCAGUUUCAGCGUAUCUCGAAUUUCCCGCAGCUUCAGUUCAAUUAUUUAUUCCUGCCACGGUUGUUGUUUUAGUUGCAAUCUACGAUCGUGCCUUUGUCCCUGUAGCCAGGGCUUUAACUGGGGAACCUUCUGGCAUUACAAUGCUACAAAGAAUCGGUACUGGGGUGUUCUUAUCUUUUCUUGCCAUGGUAGUUGCUGCUGUAGUCGAAAUGAAGAGGCUCGAGAAAGCUCAACAAUAUGGACUCGUGGAUACGCCAUAUGUGACGAUUCCCAUGAGUGCUUGGUGGUUAAUUCCUCAAAAUGUCUUGCUCGGUGCUGCUGAUGUGUUCACCAUGAUUGGAAUGCAAGAAUUCUUCUAUGAUCAGGUCCCAAGUGGAUUAAGGAGCGUGGGUCUUGCUCUUUUCCUCAGUGUCAUCGGCGUAGGAAACUUUCUAAGCAGCUUUCUUAUCUCCAUCAUUGAUAAAGCAACCGGUGGGGAAGGUCAUUAUAGCUGGUUUGCCAAUAACCUGAAUCGGGCACAUCUUGAUUACUUUUACUGGCUACUAGCUGCGUUGAGCGCUGUACAGAUGGUUGCUUUCUUGUAUUUUGGAAAGUCUUACAUUUAUAGCAGGGGAGGCGCGACAUAAAAGCAGUGAUUUCUCUGCCUCACUGCACUGAGUUAUGUAUAGAUAUUUUUUAUAUGAAAAUAUAUUAAAAAA